AUGAAGUUGGAAACCUGUGUGUAUUCUGGAUACAAGAUUUACCCUGGACACGGGAAACGUGUCGUACGUCCUGAUGGAAAGGUGCAAAUUUUCCUUUCGGCCAAGACAUUCCGAUCUACUAAGCUGAAGCGAAGUCCCAGAGACAUCCGUUGGACAGUUCUUUACCGUAUCAAGCACAAGAAAGGAUCCUACGGACAAGAGAAUGUACAAAGGAAAAAGGUGAAGAAGACAACCCAUACUCUCAACCGUGCCGUCGCUGGAAUGUCCUUGGAGGCUAUUCUGGCCAAGCGCAACCAAACAUCUGACUUCCGACGUCAACAACGUGAACAGGCAGCUAAGGCCGCAAAAGAGGCUAACAAGGCAGCACGAGCAGCCAAGGCCGCAUUGAAUAAGGAAAAGAAGCCCGCUCCACAAAAGCUGAAGGCACCAAAGCCAGUGAAGGCCACCGCUCCCCGAGUUGGAGGAAAACGUUAA